AUGCCCGAAUACGAGAUCAUCGAUAAACUCGAUGCACUUUGUGACGAUAAGUCCUUCGAAGGCUAUGGUGUCAGACGCGGGAGUAGUGGAAAAAAUGUGUUGUCUGGUGUCGGCAUCAACCCUCCAGAGACUUUGCACGGCGGCAGUGGUGGCUCGAUACAGAUGGGGGGACAGCAAUGGUCCAGACGACUCGCAUCUAUGUGUCGAGAGCUAGUUGAGGAGAUCGGCGAGAAGGAUCUGGUCGCAAGUUGGGCGAACAUGGACGAGGGCAUAUCCCCGUCCCUGUUCUGUUCGUCAUAUUGCGUUACUGAAGACUCCCCUUCCCUCGACCAUAAGGUGUCUCUAGAGGAGUUCAUUACUACGAUGGCGCUCGAGCGCGGUUUGGACGUUGGCUUCUAUAUGGAGAACAAGACUCGUCGGGAUUGGAUCGAAGAAUUCGUCAAGCUUGCUCAAGCUUUGCAAAUCGAUCAGCAGCAGACGGCUGUCAAUCAUGUCCAUGAGCUCUGA